AUCUAUCCCAUCCUCACCUUACCUCACUGCUCCAUCUCACCUCCUUUGCCCGCUCAACACCAUGGCAGACGAUCGCCCAGUGGUAGUAGACAAUGGCACUGGUUUCGUCAAAGUGGGUUAUGCGGGGUCCAACUUUCCCGAACACGUCUUUGCCAGCAUAGUCGGUCGUCCCCUCCUUCGAAUGGAGGAGAAGGAUGCCGGGUCCCUAGCUACGCAGAUCAAGGACAUCAUGGUCGGAGAUGAGGCAGAGCAGCUGCGCAACUACUUGCAGAUCAACCAACCGAUGGAACAUGGAGUGGUCAAGGACUUUGGCGACAUGAGGCAUGUGUGGAAUUAUACGUUUGAUGAGAAGUUGAAGAUUGAUCCGAGGGGAAGGAAGAUUCUGCUGACGGAACCGCCGAUGAACCCAAAGAGGAAUCGAGAGGAGAUGGCCCAGAUCAUGUUCGAGGAGUACGGAUUCGAGGGCGUCUACGUCGCUAUUCAAGCGGUCCUCACGCUCUACGCUCAGGGUCUGCAGACGGGAGUGGUCGUCGACUCAGGCGAUGGUGUCACGCACGUUGUCCCCGUCUACGAAGGCUUCGCCCUCCCUCACCUGACCAAGCGUCUUGACGUUGCCGGACGAGACGUGACGCGCUACCUGAUCAAGCUCCUCCUACUCCGCGGUUACGCCUUCAAUCGCACCGCCGAUUUCGAGACCGUCCGCAAACUCAAGGAGAAGGUCUGCUUCACCAGCUACGAUCUGGCCUUGGACAAGAAGCUCGCCGAGGAGACGACUACCCUCGUUGAGAGCUACACGCUGCCGGACGGGCGAGUAAUCAAGGUCGGAUCUGAGCGCUUCGAGGCCCCAGAAUGCAUGUUCCAGCCCCACUUGGUCGACGUCGAGCAACCAGGCGUCGCCGAGCUUCUCUUCAACACCAUUCAAUCAGCAGCAGUAGAUGUCCGCACAGAGCUCUACAAGCACAUCGUCCUGUCUGGCGGCUCGUCCAUGUAUCCCGGCCUGCCCAGUCGCCUGGAGAAGGAGAUGAAACAGCUUUACCUCUCAAAGGUACUGCAAGGGGAUGGUAGCAGGUUGAAGAACUUCAAGUUGAGGGUAGAAGACCCGCCGAGGAGGAAGCACAUGGUCUUCCUGGGUGGCGCUGUGCUUGCUGAUAUCAUGAAGUCGAGGGAGAGCUUCUGGGUCAGCAGGAGCGAGUGGUACGAACAGGGAGCGGCGUCGAUGGACAAGCUGGGAAGGCAUGCGUAGCGCGGUGGCGCUGUCACGAGAGACGGCUUGCAUUGAGCAAUUACGAUGACAUUACAACGAGAAUGAG